AGGCCGGGAGCCAAUGGCCAGGGCUGUCUUUGAUCCCUGCCAGCAGUUUUGAAACUGCCUGGUGGCUGCUAGGGAAUCCGCUGAACUCCCGGUGUUUGCAGCUUCCCCGGCCCGCGCGGCGAGUAAGGAGCCGGGGCUCGGUGGAGCGCAGACGGGUAUUUGUGCAGAAUGGCAUCAGAUGAUGAAAAAUUUUCACUUCAUGUUGUACAGAAUGAUUCCAGUAAAGGCAGCUCUGUCUCUUCAGACCUUCAGGAAGAGUAUGAAGAACUGCUUCGCUAUGCUAUCGUGACUCCAAAUAUCGAAUCCAGCGCUCCACAGCCAUCUCUUCCUAAGGGAGAAGUGGUACCAGAUAGAUUUCCUGCAUCAUUUGGGACUAACCCUAUAAAAGACACUGCAAUGGAAGUUGGGAAAGGAAGCAAUUUAACUAUUUCAAGUCAGUCAAAGUCAGGGUCAUCACCUGUGUUGUCGCCAAGGAAGCCUUCUCACCCAGUCAUGGAUUUUUUCAGUUCCCAUCUUUUAGAUGACUCUUCCUUACCAACCUCUACUUCUACUCAUGCAGAUGCCCAUGAAAUAAUUAUGGGUGAUUGUCUUAUUUCUGAUGAAAACCUUCAGAAGAUGGAAAAUAUGCUUGAUCUCUGGAGUUCAGGUCUUAAGACAAACAUUAUAUCUGAACUAAGCAAAUGGAGAAUUAAUUUUAUUGACUGGCACCGAAUGGAAAUGAAAAAAGAGAAAGAAAAACAUGCAGCAAUUGUAAAACAACUGUCAAACCAGAUCAAUGACUUGAAGGAGCUGCACAAAACCUUUGAAAUUUCCAUUGGAAGAAAAGAUGAGGUGAUUUCCAGCUUGUCUCAUGCCAUAGGCAAGCAGAAGGAAAGGAUAGAGUUAAUGAAAACCUUCUUCCAUUGGCGAAUCGGCCAUGUCAAAUCAAGACAGGAUGUUUAUGAAGGUAAACUGGCUGACCAGUACUUCCAGAGAACUUUGCUGAAGAAAGUCUGGAAGAGCUGGCGUUCCGUGAUACAAAGGCAGUGGAAAGAGGUGGUAGAACGGGCAUGUCAGGCGAAGGCCGAAGAAGUCUGUGUCCAGAUUUCCAGGGAUUAUGAAGUCAAACUUGCUAUGUUAUCUAGCGCUUUGGAAAAUGCAAAAGCUGAGAUUCAAAGAAUGCAACAAGAAAAAGAACACUUUGAAGAUUCCAUGAAGAAAGCCUUCAUGAGGGGGGUAUGUGCAUUAAAUCUCGAAGCCAUGACCAUAUUUCAAAACAGAAAUGAUGCAGGGAUAGACCUCACGGAUACGAAAAGGGAAGGGAGUGGCCCUGGUGGUUCAGGAAGAGAAGCUUCUGCUCAUUUGGACCCGUCUUUGUCCACCAUGCCUUCCGUGGUUCCUGUGCAGUUGCUGCCGUCCCCAGCCGUAGGCGGAGUGGCCAGCUCCACUGCAGUUCCUGUUUCCAUGACUUCUGCUGGAGCUACAUCUGCCUCUUCUGUUCACAUUCCUGGCUCUGUCCUUGGUGCCGGAUCUGCAGCUACUGCUGCCCCUGAAGAAAUGUGUGUGCCAAGAGUUGUGACUUCAGCGCAGCAGAAAGCUGGAAAGACAAUCACAGCUCGCAUCACUGGGAGAUGUGAUUUUGCCUCAAAAGCUAGAGUCAAUAGCAGUUUGGCAAUAAUGGGAGUUUCUCCCCCCAUGAGCUCAGUUGUUGUGGAAAAACAUCAUCCAGUCACAGUGCAAACUAUUCCUCAAGCUGCUGCUGCAAAAUAUCCACGGACCAUUCAUCCAGAAGGCAGCACCUCGGCUGCCAGAUCUCUCGGAGCCAGGCCAGCCCAUACCCAGCCUCUCACAAGCGUUCAGCCCAUAAAAGUCGUUGACUAGAGUGAUGUUUUCACCAUGUCUUUUCAUUACUCUGGUAAGGACUUUACCAGAUGGUGGAAGCCUUUUGUUUCUAACUUUUCUUUAUUGUUAGAAUAUCAUGAAUACAUCAUGUUCAUCUUUUCAAAAUUAUAAGAGACUUUCCCAGGUUUCAUCAUCCUUUGUAACUGUAUGUAGAAAUUACUUUGAUGAUGUUUUUUAUUUAAACAAUUAAGUAGAACUUUUUAAUUUAAAAAAAAAAACAUUUUUAACAUGUUCAGCCUGUCACUGUUAUAUCAUUGAAGGGUAUAAAUCUUGUUUUCUCUGAAUUAUUUCUUUGCAUUUUUAAAGUAAACAAGUAAAGCCCAAGAGCAAUAAUGUUUCUGAUCACAAAGCUGUUUGAAGUUUCAGUAUACUAGUCUUCAUUUCUCUAUGACCCUACACUUAAAAAUGGAGGGAAAAAUUGAGCCAACAUCUGUAGAUAAUUUUAGUGCUAAAAAGGGAGAAGGUUUUUAGAGUCGAGUCACAGAUACAGAAAUGAAUUCCCUGCUAGAAUGACGUUGCUUCCAAUGUUCCUUCUCACCUUUUGGAAGCUACACCAUUGAGCCCACUUUGUUCUCUCUGCACAUCCACACACUUCCCAGGAAGGUGUGGCCUCGGGAGGCAGCAAGCCUCUUAGCCUGGGCAAAAAUUUUCCUGUAGGUGACCAGUAUGAAGAAACCAUCUGAGAAGAAUUGACAUAGCAGAAAGAGCCCUGCAUUCUCCAUGGUUUUAUUGCUGGCUGUGUUCUCUUGAGCCAAAUGCUUAAUUUAAAUUACUCUCCAGAUCGUCGUCUGUGCUGAGAAGAAUGUACCUCCCCUCCCUGUUUCACAGUAUGCUUACAGAAUAUGUGAAAAUGAGUAGGCGCUGGAGUAUCUGGCCUCCACUUCCAUGCCUUUAAUCUAGACAUAGCUAAACUCAAUAAUCUGAAGCCUCAGCCUCUUCCAAUUUGACCAUGAUCUGCUUCUGUGUUCUCACUUUAUUAUAGGAAGUCAUUUUUCCUUUUUUUCCCCUGUA